AAGACUUCAUUUUGCACGCGCUUUACAGCUUAACACAGAUUCUCUUCUUCUUCUUCCAUCCCAUGUUUAUAGCGAGAGACACACUCAGAGUCAUAAGUCACAACUCAGCCAACAACCCUCUCUCUCUCUCUCUCUCUCUCUCUCUCUCUCUUUCUCACCGUGCUAUCUGUGCUUUCCUAGUGCCCCAUCCAAGGUAAACUUGAUGUCCUUAGAUUUCAUCUCCUCCUAUUCCUGAUUUCUUUGAUCUGCUUGUCUGAUUGCUCGCAAAAUUGGUUCUUGGAACAAAUGGCCUUGGUAACAACUGCUGAAGUUUGCGACGCACACUCGCAGCUAAUUGGAAGUGGUGAUCUACGGGUGCUUGAGCCAAUAUUUCAGAUAUAUGGCCGGCGACAGGUCUUCUCUGGACAAAUAGUUACCUUAAAGGUAUUUGAAGACAACGUUCUGGUUCGUGGGUUUCUCGAGGAGAAAGGCAAUGGCAGAGUUCUUGUUGUGGAUGGGGGUGGAAGCAAGCGGUGUGCAAUAUUGGGGGGCAACCCUGUAGUUCAAGCUCAGAAUAAUGGAUGGGCAGGUAUAGUGGUGAAUGGCUGUAUAAGAGAUGUUGAUGAGAUUAAUGGUUGUGACAUUGGUGUGAGAGCUCUAGCGUCCCAUCCCAUGAAAGCCAAUAAGAAAGGGAUUGGAGAGAAACAGGUACCAAUUACCAUCGCUGGGACAAGGAUCUGCGAUGGGGAAUGGCUUUAUGCAGACACCGAUGGAAUUCUGAUUUCUCGUACCGAGUUAUCUGUAUAAGAGAUGGCUUUAGGAAGGAAAACCGUGGUAUGCAAGGAGCCUCUUGCAUCCAACCUCUCACCUACUCAUCAUGUGAUUUAUUGUAAGAGGGAUGUUAUUGUACCAUGGUUAAAGGAAGAUUUUCUCCAUUGGAAGACAAGUCUUUGCAGCAUAAAAAUGUAUUGUCUUUGUUUGGUUGCUCUGAUGUUGUACCUUGUUUGCCCUGCCGGGCUCAUUUUCCAACUUUCGAUUGUAUUAAGCAACAUUCCAUGAUAUUAAACUGUUAACUACGCUUUUGGUUUCU